CAUCAGUCGCCCGCCUCGCACAGUCCGCAAUACACACACAGCGUACAUAUAUACACACACACACACACAUAUAUAUAUAUAUAUAUAUAUAUAUAGAGAGAUAGAUAGAGGAUGUAUGUGAUGCAGUUGGUUGGGAGCCUGGCCGUGUGCCUCCUGGUCUGGCUGUGCAGCUGCGACGCCUUCGGCCAGUUCCACAUGAAGCGCUAUCAUCUGCAGCGCGGCUACAGCGCCGACGAUUCCAGCGAGAGCGACAACAGCGUGUUGCGCACCUAUCGACGCUGCAUGUGGGAGCAAUCGAAGUUCCUGCCGCGCCGGCUCGUCCUGCUCAGUCUCUGUUCGAACCUGUUCUGCGAGAAUAAUCAGAUAAUGCCGCGCUCCAGGUCUAUUUUCGUAGUGGAAAAAAUAUCUAGACCCAACGACUGCCUGGACAUUUUGCCGGACCAGUGUGAGCAGGGCGAUGAGGAGGAUCUGAUGUACAAGCCCUUUCCGGACUGCUGUCCCGUCUAUUGCAACCUGAAGCGGCGCAUGCAACGCCUCCGGACAAUGCAUCUACGGCAUCGCUUGCUGCGCAACCUGCAGGACUCUGUCAUUUCUGCCGCCGCCGCCGGCUCCGCCGAUGGCAAUACGCUUCUCAGCGAGAUUGGCUACAACUACUGAUGCAGCUGGCAUUACAGAUUGUUAACUUUGUUGCUCCAAAUAUAGGCGGA